AUGUCUCAGGAGUUUAUAUCUGAUUCUGAAGACGAGAAUGGGAUGCUCCUCAACACCUCGAUGAUAUCGCCAUCUCGUAUGGCAGUAGCAUUGGAUCAUCUAGCACCCGAACAACGAAUACGUGCAGACGAUCACUUACACCAGAUGGGUCUAGCAGUACGACAGCCCCAGCAAGACGUCACCAACGAGUUCCAAGAAUUGCUCAACAUUGCCGUUUUGCCGUCCUCUGACGACGAGCAGCCUUCCGGUGUCACGAAUCCCCCCACCAACCAGGAUGACCAUGAAAACGAAAACGAACACGAGAAUAUCAACAACUUACGGAUAUACCUCGACUCUAGAAACUAUGAGCAUACGUCCAGAAGGGGUCUCCGAAAGAGGAACUUUGCCAGUACGCAUCCUUACUUGGCCGACCAGGCCCACUAUUUGGGGCUUUCCAGCAUCAACUACUUGAACGAGCUUUACAACGAGAAGCAGGACUUCGAACACAUCGUCAAGUAUCUCAAUUAUUCAUAUCGAAAGCAGAAGGAAGCAAAUCCUAAGGAUGAAAAGUAUAAGGCCAAGAAUUUCUACACCAUUUUGGGUCGGCAAACAGCAGUCGCAAGAGCCAAAGAGAAAGAAGAGGUGGAAGCUGAGCAGACUCCUCAAGAAUCACAAGGAGAAACAUUAAGCCAACCAAGCCAGUUCCAAAAUGACCUCAGUGAAAAUAGUAGUUACGAGCUGGAUGACUCCACCUCGAACUUGACCUCUUUUGGCAGGCACCAAACUCCUCGAAUUUCGGAUGAAGAAUGGUCAGGCUCCGAGAGCGAGAUUAUAGACACCAGGCGGACCCCCCUCGAGAAAUUCAGCAGGAAACAAAAACUACUACAAUACAAGGAGCAGCGAAAGGGGUUAGCAGUCAAGAAGAAUACCGGAAUCCCAAAGCAUCAUAAUAGAGAGGUAUUUGAUUUUGUUGAUGAUAAUGUGGAGCAAGAUGCAGACAAUCUCUUUUAUCGUCGCGUGGAUACCUCUCAUGACCACAUGUCCGACUUCGAUGCCCCAUUACGGAGUGUUGAUACAUUUGGUAUAUUAUCAGAAUCCUCUGGUUCUGAGGCAGAGCAAAUCCAUGAGUACGAUUCCGAUGAUAACUCGCUCUUUAAACAAGGUUCUGACACUCCUAGAAUUUUGGAGCAAAUUGAGGUUCUCCUGGAUGGUUCAGUUGAAGAGGUUGAUAGAAUAAACCCCAUGUUUGCGUCUAACUUCAGCUCUGGGAGAAAGAGUGGCUCAAAGCGAUCCAAACCCAAAGCCACUCCAAGAAAAUCGCAAUCUAAAUUAUCUCUGGGACUUUCGACACCAAGAUCUUACUCUGAUAAAGAAAAUCGUCCUCUUCAAACCCCAAAAUCCAUUUCAAGAACCAACACAAAUUCACCUAGUUCGAUGGGCGGCGGCCAAUUGCAAGCAAGGUUGAAUUUGCCGUCAAUCAACGGCUUGGCACAUCAACCACAGACACCUACAGUAACUUCUCGGAAACCAAAAUCAAAAUCGAGAAUGAGCAAAUCCAAAGGCAUGAUGAUGCCCAUAGGAACUUUACACAAGAAAAAAAUGUCCAAAGCUAAUAACAAAAAAUAUCGUAAAAAUGGGCAUAGGCGUAACCGUUUGUAUCCAUAUACGCGGCCGUCUACCACUAAUGCACCCAACAAAGCUCAACAAGAAAAUAAUAAGAGUGAGCCCGCAGAUUCAUUAGCUCCAAUUCCAUCACAUACUAAGAAUGAUAAGGAUUUAUUGAAGCUGGAUUAUUAUUUUCUGAGGUCUCCUGUCCAAUUCACAACUGUAUUUGAAGCUGAGAGUGAGCGCAAUUACGUCCAAGAAAGAGGAUUUAAAAGACACCAACUUGAAUCAAAUCAUAAGAUGCAAGAAUCUUUUCCUAAUGGUUUCAUCCUUAAUGAAAUUGAUAUAAAAAAAAUUCAUCUGAUCAUGGAUGGGAAAACAUACUUAUUGAAAAAGGAUCUAGUUCAAUUAAAUUAUUCAGGAGAAUCAUUUACUUUCACUAUGAUUGACAAAGAACAGUCGUGGAAAUCAUGCGAACGAUUGAUUGUUUUACUCGUGAAGGUUUUGAAAGACCUGAGCAUUUUGGCAGAACAGAUUAGGGUAGAUGAAAUUUACAGUGCUAUCAAAGGGCUAAUAGAAUGGAGUUUGAUAGUCCAAGAACCUCCGCACUCAGAAAAGAUUUGCAAACUAAUCAAUUAUUGCUUGAAUUUAUUAACUCCGAUUAAGGAUUUAGAAUCAGGUAGAAACAGUGUAUUGGUAUAUUCCUGGCUCAUCUUAUUGUCAUUUUCCUUAAAAACGAUGCAAAGGAAGCAAGUUGGCCUUGGGCAGUCUUCAACAAAUAAGGAGCUUAAUAUCAAAGAGACCUCUGAGCAGUAUUGGAUAUUGUUUUUCCGUUUCUUGAAGUUUCCGUUCAGCGAAGGAACCCAUUCAAAAUUUGAAGAAUCAUUCCAAAUUAUGCGGACUAUUUUCAACCUUGAAGGUCAUUUUUGGGAUUCAUUGACUAAUGUUAUGGAUCCUAUUUCAGCAGAAGUCGAAAUGGAUUCAAUUUUUGAUAAAAUAUUAAGCUUGCUGUUUUCAGGAUCUUGUCCUGUGCCUGGUUGGUCACCACUUAUCAAACUAUACUCACUCACCGACAUUAAUGACAGUUCCGAUAGUCAUAUCCGAUUUAUUGAUUCUAUUGUUGAACUUAACCAAGCGCUACAAUGGCCAUUAGAUGAGUCGAUCCUCUUGAAGAUAUAUUCAAGUAUUACGUCGCGAAGGUUCUCUAACUUAAGGAAUGAAUGGGUAGUUCCUGAAGUCUUAGGGAGAAUCAGAACUAGAAAUGACAUUCCAUAUGAUAGUUUUUUCGAAAGGUUCAUGUAUUUGGUAUACAUUUACGUGUCGGGACUUUCAUCGAAUGUUAGCAAGAAAAAGCUUAUCACUAAGCUAAUCACAUCUAGCCAUUACCAAUAUCAAGAAGGAAGAGCACAUUAUACUAUGUUUAUAAACCGGUUGAACCUAAUAUUGCUCCUAAUUCAGAUAUCUGAAACUGAUCUUAAGAAUCAACUUUUGGACUUGAUCCAAAGUGCGCAAGAUUGCAAAGAUACCGAAAUAUAUGAAGCAAUGGUGCUGGGCCUACUGCUUCAUACAGAAAUCAACAUAGGCAAGAAAUCUAAAAUUGCGAUUAAUUGUUUUGACUGUUCCAUCAAUGGAAUAGUAAAUAAUUACUUGUCUAUAAGAAGUGUUCAGGGAUUGUGGUCCUCGCUUAUGGAGAUUUUUGAAAUGGUCACUGAUCAAAAUACGCAAUAUGUCAUCCAGUUUCUUGAAAUCUACAAUAAGAUUAAUGAGAAUAUGACGGAUAAAUUAUCCCAACCAAUUCAUAAGGUAUUGAUGAAAGGCUUGAAGAAAUUAGUAGGAGUCGAGUCUAAUUUUGGCCUGCAAGAGCUCAGUACAUUAGCUCGAGCUAAUGAUAAAAUUUAUUCUCUCCUCCACAAAUUAAUGUCAAGAUUUCCUUUACCUAAUAUCAACGAGGAGAUAAAAUUAGAUCAAUUAGUUGAGUUAUAUUUCCAGAUUUGGCUAAAUUCAGCAAGCUUACUUCCUAAUACAAACUGGUCAAGGAUUGCCCUACAAUUUUUUCCUUAUCUUGGUAACUCCAAGCUGAGAGAGAAGUUCAAACUCUAUUUUUAUUCGAUUUUGAUCAAGUUCACCUCGUAUAAGCCUUUUGUGGAUGAUAUUAUUAUUGGUUUAUUACGAAGUCUUGGAUCAUAUUCUCCUUCCAAGUAUCAUUCAGUCCUAAUGAACCAACUAAACGAAGAGAAAGAUGAGAUUGUGCAAUAUCAAAAGAAAUAUAUUCCUGAAGAUGUAACCUCGUUUCACUUGCUGAACUUCAGAACAAGGUUGGUUCUUAACUUAUUAACUAACUUGUCAAAAGCAAAGAUACCAGAGGUAACAAAAAGAAUAUUUAUUGAAGAAUUCCUCAAAACUCUAAAUGACGAGUUUGAUAAAUACUUUUCAUCAUCUUGGUUCAAGGAAUACUGUGUGAGAUGUGUCAAGGCAAUUCAGAAAUAUUGUGGAGAUAUUCUUCCAAAAAAUCCUUUAAUGAGGGCUUUUGCAUCAAAAUUGAGCAUUCCUCAAAGCGAACUUGACAAGUACGAAUGGCUAUCUCUUCCAUUGAAGGAGCGUUUAAUAUCUUUGAAUAAGGAAGUUACAAAUCAUAUUCAUUAUGGGAAGGACAACCUAGCCAUUCUAAAGGUCUACACUUUUGAUGAAGGAGUCGAUUUACUUUAUCAUCUUCUAAGUAUCUAUGCCAGAUCUUUAGAAGUAAAUCAAAUAAAGUGGAGGUACAUUUAUUGUUUAUUAGACUUUUUCGAGAUCCACUUAAAGACUUACAAAUUUAGUAUCCUUAAUGCAUCCUUCAAGAAGUUCUUGGAAAUGUUGACAGAUGUCUCAAAUAUAAGGCCAGGUGCUAUAAACGAGAUCGGAAGGCUUUACCGAGUUAAAAGUUUGGAAUCAAUCGUGAAAAUUCUCAAAUUUGCUCAUAAAUUGUUUGAUGGUUACAAGGACCAAGAACAUAUUAUAGAUCUUGUAAAUGCUUUUAUGAAUGGAGAUGAUAGUGGACAAAUCAGAUAUUUUUCUCCGUUUAGAUUGUUUGAUAUCCAGGAUUUAAGGGAAGAUAAUGUGGGUGAGGGUUUGAUUCAAGUCGAAGAAGAGAUAGUUAUUGAAGAGGAAGAGGUAUUGAGAAUAAUGAGGGACGGGUUGAAAUUGCAUGAAGUACCUCCUAAAGAAGAAUCCUUAGAUUUUUCCCUAUGUUUUUAA